AUGUACCACAAGUCGCUUUUCCCUGACCUGCCGAAGGUCCCAGAAUCUAAUGUUCACCACCUGCUCUUGAACCGGCCUGACCAGCAGGAGUGGCCAGAUUUCACAUUGUUCGUGAAUGCAGCUACUGGCCAGCGGCGUUCGUUCAGGGAGUUUGUCGAGCGUGUCCACGAUGGCGCUACUGCACUGGGCGCUGAUGUGACGCAAGGUGGUUUGGGUCUUCGUCCAGAGAAUGGAGAUAUUGUAGGCGUUUUGAGCGAGAACUGCCUGGACUAUGCAACAUUGCUGCAUUCCCUACUGGCUAUCACUGUCCCCUUUGCGUUGUUCUCAUCCUUUUCAACGCCGCACGAGCUCAAACACGCCAAUUCGCUUGCGCAGGCGACUAGGAUCUUUACCACUCCCUCGUUACUGCAACUCGCGUUAACUUUGGGUCUCCCAGCAGAUCGGAUUCACCUCCUACAAGGAGAGAAUGCAGGUUAUACAAGCUACGAUCAGCUGAUAUCCUCUGCUCGAAAGAAUGGUAUUCCACGUUUGCCAGUCCGUCAUGCUACCAAGGACACUCUGGCCUACCUGAUCUAUUCCAGUGGAACAAGCGGUCCUCCUAAAGCCGUCAUGGUAUCCCAUGGAAAUAUCACUGCUGUCACCCUCUCGACAAUGGUAAACGGUAUGGAAAUGGCUAAAGUUCAAGCUCCAUCAAUAUGGAACACCCCUGAUGGGCUACAAGUGACCUUCGCUGUCCUUCCGCUCUAUCACUCUAUCGGCCUUUACAUGACCACUUUCUUCAACUUCUUCCAUCCCGGCACGACUGUUAUACUCCCGAAAUGGGACAUCAAUGUAUUCUUUGACAUCAUUCCUAAAUACCAUAUCACGACCCUAGUCCUCGUUCCUUCCCUUGUACACCAGCUCGUUCACCAUCCACGCUUCAAAACCACUGACAUGACCUCGGUUAAGUCAAUCGGAAGCGGCGGCGCAUACCUCCCGCCCCAGCUCGCCGACCAGGCUCGCGCCCGUUUCACAGACAUACCAAGAGUUACUGAAGGUUAUGGCAUGUCCGAAUUCACAAUGGCCAUCGCCAUGAAGCCCAUUCCUGGCAUGCUCGAUGGACGCGCCAAAAACAAGCCUGGUUCUGCCGGAAUGCUCGUCCCCGGUGUCGAAGUCCGCGUUGUCCGUCCUGACGGGUCCUUAGCGGGCCCGAACGAGGCGGGCGAACUUUUCGUUCGCGGAGGUGCUGUGACGCUGGGAUACAAAGGAAACGACAAGGCCACUCGGGAAACGUUUGUUGAUGGAUGGUUGCGUACGGGCGACCGGAUACGGAUAGAUGAGGACGAGGUGCUUUUUUUCGAAGACCGCACCAAGGACACGCUUAAGAUCUCAGGGGUGCAAGUCUCUCCUGUCGAAAUCGAGGACACCAUCCUGGCGCAGCCCGACAAGCUCAUCACUGAUGUGAGCGUCGCGGGUGUUUCGGGUGGGCGUACCUCGGACGAACGCAUACCGCGUGCUUGGAUCGUGUUAUCCCCCGCGGGCGUAGCGUUGGGUGAGAAAGAGGUCGUGAGACGACUCAAUGCGUGGGUGCAGGAACGCCUGAGUCGGUUCAAGUGGUUGAGAGGGGGCAUUGAGAUUGUGGAGACGAUUCCGAAGUUGCCAACUGGGAAGGUGUUGAGAAGGGUGUUGGUUGAGGGUUAUGAAAAACAGGUGAAAGCGAAUGCAAAAUUAUGA